GCUGGCAUGACAUCAGCCACGGAGUUUGAAAACGUGGGCAACCAGCCACCGUACAGCCGGAUCAAUGCCCGCUGGGACGCCCCGGAAGAUGAGCUGGAUAAUGACAACAGCUCAGCCAGGCUCUUUGAGAGGUCCCGGAUCAAGGCCUUGGCAGAUGAACGGGAAGUUGUUCAGAAGAAGACCUUCACAAAAUGGGUGAACUCCCACCUGGCCCGAGUGUCCUGCCGUAUCAGCGAUCUCUACAAGGACCUGCGGGAUGGGCGGAUGCUCAUCAAGCUGCUGGAGGUGCUCUCCGGAGAGAUGCUGCCAAGGCCCACCAAGGGAAAGAUGCGCAUCCACUGUCUGGAGAACGUGGACAAGGCCCUGCAGUUCCUCAAGGAGCAGCGUGUGCACCUGGAGAACAUGGGCUCCCACGACAUCGUGGAUGGCAACCACCGCCUGGUCCUGGGCCUCAUCUGGACCAUCAUCCUCCGCUUCCAGAUUCAGGACAUUGUUGUCCAAACUCAGGAAGGUCGUGAGACGCGGUCAGCCAAAGAUGCCUUGCUGUUGUGGUGUCAGAUGAAGACGGCAGGGUACCCCCACGUCAAUGUCACCAACUUCACCUCCAGCUGGAAGGAUGGCCUGGCCUUUAAUGCCCUGAUACACAAGCACCGGCCUGACCUGAUCGAUUUUGAUAAGCUGAAGGACUCCAAUGCCCGGCAUAACCUAGAACACGCAUUUGAUGUGGCUGAGCGCCAGCUGGGCAUCAUCCCGCUCCUCGACCCUGAAGAUGUCUUCACAGAAAACCCCGAUGAGAAAUCCAUCAUCACGUACGUGGUGGCAUUUUACCAUUACUUCUCCAAGAUGAAGGUGCUGGCAGUGGAGGGCAAGCGUGUCGGCAAGGUCAUUGACCACGCCAUUGAGACUGAGAAGAUGAUUGAAAAGUACAGUGGGCUAGCCUCAGACCUACUCACUUGGAUCGAGCAGACCAUUAACGUCCUGAACAGCCGCAAGUUUGCCAACUCGCUGACCGGUGUCCAGCAACAGCUGCAGGCCUUCAGCACCUACCGCACAGUGGAGAAGCCACCCAAGUUUCAGGAGAAGGGGAACCUGGAAGUCCUACUUUUUACCAUCCAGUCUCGGAUGAGAGCUAAUAAUCAGAAAGUGUAUACGCCCCACGACGGGAAACUAGUGUCUGACAUCAACCGGGCCUGGGAAAGUCUGGAGGAAGCUGAGUACCAGAGGGAGCUGGCCCUGAGGAGCGAGCUCAUUCGGCAGGAGAAGCUGGAGCAGCUGGCCCGGCGCUUUGACAGAAAGGCUGCCAUGAGAGAGACGUGGCUCAGCGAAAACCAGCGCCUUGUGACCCAGGAUAACUUUGGGUACGACCUGGCAGCUGUAGAGGCUGCCAAGAAGAAGCACGAGGCCAUCGAGACUGACACAGCUGCCUACGAAGAGCGGGUGAAGGCCCUGGAGGACCUGGCUCAGGAGCUGGAGAAGGAGAAUUACCACGACCAGAAGCGCAUCAUGGCCCGCAAGGACAACAUCCUGCGCCUGUGGAGCUACCUGCAGGAGCUGCUGCGGUCCCGGCGCCAGAGGCUCGAGACCACCCUGGCGCUGCAGAAGCUCUUUCAGGACAUGCUGCACAGCAUCAACUGGAUGGACGAGAUCAAGGCUCACCUAUUGUCUGCUGAGUUUGGGAAGCACUUGUUGGAGGUUGAGGACUUGCUACAGAAGCACAAGUUGAUGGAGGCUGACAUCGCCAUCCAAGGGGACAAAGUCAAGGCCAUCAUCGCAGCCACCCUGCAGUUCACUGAGGGGAAAGGGUACCAACCUUGUGACCCCCAGAUCAUCCAGGACCGUGUCAGCCACCUGGAGCAGUGUUUUGGGGAGCUGAGUGAUAUGGCAGCUGGGCGGAAGGCACAGCUAGAGCAGUCCAAGAGGCUCUGGAAGUUCUUUUGGGAGAUGGAUGAGGCCGAGAGCUGGAUCAAGGAGAAAGAGCAAAUCUACUCCUCCUUGGACUACGGCAAGGACCUGACCAGUGUGCUCAUCUUGCAGCGCAAACACAAAGCUUUCGAGGAUGAGCUGCGCGGGCUGGAUGCCCACCUGGGGCAGAUUUUUCAGGAGGCCGAAGGCAUUAUUGCACGCAAGCAGUAUGGGUACCCGCGGAUAGAGGCCCGCGUCAAGGAGGUGUCGGGCCAGUGGGACCAGCUGAAGGAGCUGGCUGCCUUUCGUAAAAAGAAUCUCCAGGAUGCGGAGAACUUCUUCCAGUUCCAGGGAGACGCGGACGAUCUGAAGGCCUGGCUGCAAGAUGCCCACCGGCUGCUCUCUGGUGAAGAUGUGGGGCAGGAUGAAGGGGCCACGCGGGCCCUGGGGAAGAAGCACAAGGACUUCCUAGAGGAGCUGGAAGAGAGCCGAGGGGUGAUGGAGCACCUGGAACAGCAGGCCCAGGAUUUUCCCCAAGAAUUUCGGGAUUCCCCCGAUGUGACCAACAGGCUACAGGCCCUCCGGCAGCUCUACCAGCAGGUGGUGGCCCAGGCGGACUUGCGUGGGCAGAGGCUGCAGGACGCCCUGGACCUGUAUACAGUGUUUGGGGAGACGGAUGCCUGUGAGCUGUGGAUGGGCGAGAAGGAAAAGUGGCUGAAGGAGAUGGAAAUCCCAGACACCCUGGAGGAUUUGGAGGUCGUGCAGCACAGGUUUGACAUCUUGGACCAGGAGAUGAAGACUUUGAAGGGUCAGAUCGGAAGCGUGAACCUUGCUGCCAACAGCUUGGUGGAGAGUGGCCACCCACGCAGCGGGGAAGUGCGGCAGUACCAGGACCACCUGAACACCAGGUGGCAGGAAUUCCAGAACAUGGUGUCAGAGCGGCGGGAGGCGGUGGACUCAGCCCUCAGGGUGCACAACUACUGCGUGGACUGUGAGGAGACCGGCAAGUGGAUAUCAGACAAGACGAGCGUUGUGGAGUCUACAAAGGACCUGGGGCGGGACCUGGCAGGUGUCAUUGCCAUCCAGAGAAAGCUGACAGGACUGGAGCGUGAUGUGGCCGCAAUCCAGGCCCGCGUGGGUGCCCUAGAGCGUGAGUCUCAGCGGCUGAUGGAGUCACACCCCGAACUGAAGGAGGACAUUGGGUCGCGGCAGGCAUAUGUUGAGGAGCUGUGGAAGGGCCUGCAGGAAGCCCUGAAGGGCCAGGAGGCCUCGCUGGGUGAAGCCAGUCAGCUGCAGACCUUCCUGCAGGAUCUAGAUGACUUCCAGACCUGGCUGUCCUUGGCCCAGAAGGCUGUGGCUUCUGAGGACAUGCCUGAGUCAUUCCCAGAGGCUGAGCAGCUCCUGCAGCAGCAUAAAUCCAUCAAGGAUGAGAUUGAUGGGCACGAAGAAAGCUUCAAGAAGGUGAAGGCUUCCGGAGAGAAGGUGAUCCAAGGCCAGACAGACCCGGAGUACGUGCUUCUAGGCCAGCGACUGGAGGGUCUGGAUAUGGGCUGGGACGCCCUGUGCCGGAUGUGGGAGAGCCGCGGCCGUUCCCUCGAACAGUGCCUCGGCUUUCAGGAGUUCCAGAAAGAUGCCAAGCAGGCCGAAGCCAUCCUCAGCAGCCAGGAAUACACUCUGACUCACACGGAGCCCCCAGACUCCCUAGAAGGUGCAGAGGCUGGGAUCCGCAAGUUCGAGGAUUUCUUGGUGUCUAUGGACAGCAACCGGGAAAAGGUCUUGAGUCCCGUGGACUCUGGAAACAAGCUGGUAGCUGAAGGAAACCUGUACUCUGACAAGAUCAAGGAGAAGGUGCAGCUGAUUGAAGAAAGACACCAGAACAACAAUGAGAAUGCCCAGAAGCUCUCGGUUCUUCUGAGAGACAACCUAGAGCUACAGAACUUCCUCCAGAACUGCCAGGAGCUUACUCUCUGGAUCAAUGACAAAUUGCUGACUACCCCGGAAAUCUCCUAUGAUGAAGCUCGCAAUCUUCACAACAAAUGGCUGAAGCACCAGGCAUUUCUAGCAGAGCUGGAGUCCCACCAAGGGUGGCUUGAGAACAUUGAUGCAGAAGGAAGGCAGCUGAAGGAGGAGAAGCCCCAAUUUGAAGCCGUGGUGUCCCAGAGGCUGGACACACUGCACCGGCUCUGGGAUGAGCUGCAAGCCACCACCAAGGAGAAGACCCUACAACUCUCUGCCGCCAGGAGCUCCGACCUGCGCUUGCAGACCCACGCCGACCUCAACAAAUGGAUCAGCGCCAUGGAGGACCAGCUUCGGUCGGAUGACCCGGGCAAGGACCUGACCAGCGUCAACCGGAUGUUGGCUAAGUUGAAGAGAGUGGAGGACCAGGUGAAUGUGCGGAAGGAGGAGCUGCAGGAGCUGUUUGGCCAGGCACCCUCACUGGGAGAAGAGGCGGGAGACGCUGACCUGAGCAUCGAGAAGAGAUUCCUGGACCUCCUGGAACCUCUGGGGAAGAGGAGGAAGCAGCUGGAAUUAUCCAAAGCCAAGCUGCAGAUCAGCCGCGACUUAGAGGAUGAGACGCUUUGGGUGGAGGAGAGGCUGCCACUGGCCCAGUCAGCCGACUAUGGCACUAACCUGCAAACAGUGCAGCUGUUCAUGAAGAAGAACCAGACACUGCAGAACGAGAUCCUGGGCCACGCGCCGCGGGUGGAGGACGUGCUGCAGCGGGGACGGCAGCUCGUGGAGACAGCGGAGAUGGACCUCCAGGACAUCGAGGAACGCCUGGGGCACCUGCAAGACUCGUGGGCGGCGCUGCGGGAGGCGGCGGCUGGGCGGCUGCAGCGCCUGCGGGAUGCCCACGAGGCGCAGCAGUACUACCUGGACGCCGGGGAGGCCGAGGCCUGGAUCAGCGAGCAGGAGCUCUACGUCUUCUCUGAUGAGCCCCCCAAGGAUGAAGAGGGUGCCAUCGUGAUGCUCAAGCGGCACUUGAGGCAGCAGCGCACCGUGGAGGAGUAUGGAAGGAACAUGAAGCAGCUGGCCGGCCGGGCCCAGAGCCUGCUGUCCGCGGGACACCCCGAGGGGGAACAGAUAAUCAGACUUCAGGGGCAAGUGGAUAAGCAGUAUGCAGGGCUGAAGGACAUGGCAGAGGAACGCAGGCGGAAGCUGGAGAACAUGUACCAUCUGUUCCAGCUGAAGAGAGAGGCUGACGACCUGGAACAGUGGAUUACAGAAAAGGAGAUGGUGGCCUCGUCCCAAGAAAUGGGGCAAGACUUUGACCACGUGACUAUGCUUCGGGACAAAUUCCGAGACUUUGCCCGGGAGACUGGGGCCAUCGGGCAGGAGCGGGUGGACAAUGUGAAUGCCAUCAUUGAGCGACUCAUCGAUGCAGGCCACAGCGAGGCGGCCACCAUCGCCGAGUGGAAGGACGGGCUGAAUGACAUGUGGGCAGACCUGCUGGAGCUCAUCGAUACCCGCAUGCAGCUGCUGGCGGCCUCCUAUGACCUGCACCGCUACUUCUACACAGGGGUGGAGAUCCUGGGCCUCAUCGACGAGAAGCACCGCGAGCUGCCUGAGGAUGUGGGGUUGGACGCCAGCACUGCUGAGUCCUUCCACCGGGUGCACACGGCCUUCGAGCGGGAGCUCCACUUGCUGGGAGUGCAGGUACAGCAGUUCCAGGAUGUGGCUACCCGCCUGCAGACAGCAUACGCCGGGGAAAAGGCAGACGCCAUCCAGAGCAAGGAACAGGAGGUAUCUGCCGCUUGGCAGGCAUUGCUCGAUGCCUGUGCUGGGCGCCGGACUCAACUCGUGGACACGGCAGACAAGUUCCGCUUCUUCAGCAUGGUCCGGGAUCUGCUUUCCUGGAUGGAGGGUAUCAUCCGGCAGAUCGAUACCCAGGAGAGGCCCAGGGAUGUGUCCUCCGUGGAACUACUCUUGAAGUAUCACCAGGGCAUCAAGUCAGAGAUCAACACCCGGGCCAAGAACUUCAGCACCUGCCUGGAGCUCGGGGAGUCCCUGCUACAGCGGCAACACCAGGCUUCAGAGGAGAUCCGGGAAAAACUGAAGCAGGUAUUGAUCAGGAGGCAGGAGAUGAAUGAUAAAUGGGUGACCCGAGAUGAUCGGCUCCACAUGCUGCUGGAGGUGUGCCAGUUCUCGAGGGAUGCCUCUGUGGCCGAAGCAUGGCUCAUUGCCCAGGAGCCCUACCUGGCCAGCCGGGACUUUGGCCACACUGUGGACAGCGUAGAGAAGCUGAUCAAGAGGCAUGAGGCUUUUGAGAAGUCCACAGCCACCUGGGCAGAGCGCUUUGCUGCUCUGGAGAAGCCCACCACGCUUGAGCUUAAAGAACGCCAGACCCCAGACAGACCUGCAGAGGAGCCCGGGCCUCAAGAGGAGGAAGGCGAGACAGCAGGGGAGGCUCCCCGAGUCCCCCACCGUGCGGCGACUGAGAGAACAUCCCCGGGGGAAGAAGAGAGGCCAUGGCCUCAGGACCUGCAGCCACCACCCUUGCCUGGGCAGGAGGAGAAAUCUGAUGAAAAUGAGAGGCCUGCCACGGAGCCCCUGUUUAAGGUCCUAGACACUCCUCUGAGUGAGGGCGACGAGCCCACAACGUUGCCGGCCCAGCAGGACCACGGGCACAGCGUACAGAUGGAGGGCUACCUUGGCCGCAAGCAUGACCUGGAGGGGCCCAACAAGAAGGCAUCCAACAGGUCCUGGAACAAUUUGUACUGUGUGCUCAGGAAUAGUGAACUGACCUUCUACAAGGACGCCAAAAACCUGGCCCUGGGGGUUCCCUACCAUGGGGAGGAGCCCCUGGCCCUGAGACAUGCUAUCUGUGAGAUUGCUGCCAACUACAAAAAGAAGAAGCACGUCUUUAAGCUGAGGCUGAGUAAUGGCAGCGAGUGGCUCUUUCAUGGCAAAGAUGAGGAGGAGAUGCUGUCCUGGCUGCAAGGUGUGAGCACGGCCAUCAACGAGUCCCAGAGCAUCCGCGUCAAGACGCAGAGCCUGCCUCUGCCCUCCCUCACUGGCCCGGAUGCUAGUCUUGGCAAGAAGGACAAGGAGAAGAGAUUCAGUUUCUUCCCCAAAAAGAAAUAGCAGCCGGUGGCCCCCGCUGGUGGGGCCAGCCAGGCAGGCGCAGUG